ACAUCGCUCUAUCAAGAUUCAGCGAAGGAACGGCAGAGGCUUCAGGUUCAGCGAGAGAGUGAAGCCAGUGUGCCUGCCCUCUUCCGACGCCACCUACGACGACCUUGGGGAAUGCAAGAUGGUGGGCUGGGGCGAGAGCGACUUCGAUGCCGGGGCGAAAUCCCGGCCGCGCGAGGUGACCACCUUCGUGUUGCCAGAAUCCUGGUGUGACAACGUCUCCUUCGGCAGCGCUACCUACACUUCCUCAAAAAUAUGCGCAGGCGAUAACACGUACAGUCGGAGCGGCUGUCGUGGCGACUCGGGGGGUCCCUUGGCCUGUCUCACGAGGGGCAGGUACACGCUUUACGGCUUGCUAUCCUCCGGUACCGCCUGCGUGGUCGACAGCAUUGCCCUUCCUGACAGCUACACGAGGAUAGUCAAGUACGUGCGCUGGAUUCAGGAGAAGAUUGCAUCGGCCGGGGGACGCCAGAGUGGCUAGCUGCUCUUGAGUUUCUUUGGAAAUUCUUUUGAUAGAAUUCAAUAUGCAUAUCUGAAAGUAAUAGAAAUUAGUGAUCAGUUUAUAAUCAAUACUUUUAGAUGUUUGGGCUAUGUAAAAGUAUAUGUAGAAAUAAUACUUAGAAAUACAUUAACCAUCUAAGCUAUUGGUAGUACCUUUUAUUCAUAUUUUGCUCUCAGAUGAAAUUAGAUACUUAGAAUACGCUAUGAUACAUAGUUGAAGCUAAUAAACACUAGUCAAAAAUUUAGAUAUUGGUUUAACUUUUGUGAUGAGUUCAUCCAUGAAAUUAUUUUUUGAUAAAGGACAGAAAUAUGAAAUGAACUAAAUACUACUUUACAGUUAUGGACGCUGCUGCUAUUAUUAUCAAUAUUGAUCCUUUAAACUAUU